AUGAAAGUUUGCAUAGAAGCAGUUGAUGAGGAGACGAUGGUUUGUGCAGGGAGUGGUGGUGGUAUUCGUGGCAGUGGCAGUGGUGGUGGUGGUGGUGGUGAUGGGUGCUGGGACUCAAGUAAUGGGCCUAAUGGAAGUGAUCAUGAGAGCAUGGAUGUUUAUUACCAGAACACGAUCAAGGCCUAUCCUAACGAUGCUCUUCUUCUUGCAAACUACGCUAAAUUCUUGAAAGAGGUGCGUGGUGAUGUUGUGAAGGCAGAGGAGUUCUGUGAGAGAGCAAUUUUGGCAAAUGGAAGUGAUGAUGGGAAUGUUUUGUCAAUGUAUGGAAAUCUAAUAUGGAAUAACCAUAAGGACAGUAAUCGAGCUCAGACUUGCUUUGAUCAAGCUAUUCAAUCUUCUCCUGAUGACUGUUACGUACUUGCUUCUUAUGCUCAUUUCCUAUGGGAUGCUGGAGAAGAAGAUGAUGAACAAGAGACCAAGCAGAAUGAACUUCAAUUUGAUAGUUCGCAAACAUGUAAACAGCCACAGCAUAAUCUUCCUCAAGGAUUACCUCCUCUGGCUGCUUCUUCUUAA